AUGGAUAAAGCUGUCAUUGAAUGUCGACAUGUUUUCGUGCGUAUGGCUAUCAUUGUAAGCUGCAUGUCUUCUGGUGCAUUGGGAUUGCUGUGGAUCAAGCUGUCAUUGGAUGUCGACAUUUUUUCAUGCGUAUGGCUAUCAUUGUAUGUGGGCUAUUCAGCAAGCUACUUGUCUUCUGGUGCAUUGGGAUUUCUAUGGAUGCAGCUGUCAUUGCGAACUACUUGUCGUGUUCCCUUUGCAUUCUUGAUGGAUGCAGCUGUCAUUGGAUGUCCACAGGGUUUUAUUCAUAUGGCUUUCAUUGUAUGUGGGAUAUUCAGUAAGCUGCUUGUAUUUUGGUCCUUUGGAAUAUUCAUGGAUGCAGAUCAAAGAGCAACGUCGACAGCAUCCUUCAGUGUCAGCUUGCCUUAUUACAUCGUUCGAUGGUUGUCGUUACUGUACCACCUAGUGGAAACUUCCUUUUAUAAGCGUCUGCAGCGGCAAGGCAACAAGUUCGAUACCUUUUGGUGUCGCCAAGUUUUAUCUCGUCUUAUUGUGGUCCUAGUUGUUGACAACCCUUCAAUGGAUAUCCUGCUAGGCAUGCCUGUUAUCGGUGGAUCAUAUCAGCUACAAGCAAGAAGCAGCAAUGAGCAACAGAGCCCACAUCUUUACUAUGAUUCAUUUGCGACAGUGUGGUCAGCCCUAUCAUGGCCCUAUCAAUUGCAUUUGAGGAUUACUGCCUUAGCCGUUGGAAGUUAG